AUGUCUAUACCCAUUCUUUCCCUCGGGAAACCGGUGGGCAUGGGUCGUAAAAAUGCAAUGGCUAUCCAUCUAGCCACCUUGCUGGCCGACGUCAUCUCUUCCGGUGUCCUGCCACUUCUUGGCUGCGAGCUUGACCAGUUGACCAAGCGAGUUGGUCUUUGCGUCGCAGAGCUUCUCAACCAAAUCAGGAGGUCAAACUCCAUGUCUAAACUGAACCGUUACCCAGAUAGCAACCUUGUUUGGAGGACAGCCACUGAAAACGCGUUCCGCCAGAAGUUGAAGGUUCUUAGCGCACUCUUCGUGGUCCUCGUCAGCUUUUUGGAAACGGAGGAGGAAGUCUCUGGCAUAGCUUUGUUCUUCUCGACCGAUGACGAGUUGAGACAACGUACCGCAGCGUUGAUCAAUGUCGGUAUCGUGGGUGAUGUCGGAGUAGACCGCGGCCAAAAAUCAAUCAUGGGGGAGAGCGCGGAGAAUUAUGGGUAUUCUCUGGCACCGAGGAUAGAGAUGAAGGUUGAACUCAUCAGUUUUCAGCCAGUCUUCAAAGUUCAUGUCAUCUCCGAAAGGGGGGAGGUCUGCCAACGCUGCCAGCAGUGUAGGACGAGGCUCGUAGGUCUCCUCUUCUCUGUUCCUCACCGUUUCUCACACUGCCCAAUAAUGACAGAAGAAUUUGUCACAUCCCUCAAGGCGGUCAACAAUUUUUUAGGCGAUUAUCCCUCCAAGAUCACGCUUCAGAGUCUCAAAUCACUCAGUGAGUCGAUUAAACUCGCACCGGAGCAGAAAAAGUCGGUGAUGGAUUUGGCAUUCCGUGAACGCACCCUCUCUCUUCUCAGCGGCAGCGAUUCGAUGGUGGAGGUGCGCGCUCUCCUUCGACUGGCCGCCUCAGCUGCCGUGGAGAGCAUCUGCUCUGCCUCCACACCUUUCCUCCUCUUCGCCGAUCUCGUCAACACUAAAUCCAUUGCGGAGGCCGAGGCUAACUUCCACUUUCUUGAAGAGACUAUCAAGGCGCUCAAAGAUGCUUCGCUAUUUGGUUCGGGGCGAAAUACGCUACUCCGAAUGUGCAAUGAUCUGCUUCGUCGUCUGUCCAAGUCACAGAACACCGUUUUCUGCGGUCGUAUUCAGCUCUUCCUCACCAGUCUCUUUCCUCUAAACGAAAAGUCCGGUCUCAACUUCACCUCUAAUUUCAAUCUGGAGAAGGAGGUGGCUUUCAACCAGGACCCCGACGAGAGCCUUUUUCACUCCCUCACCACUGAGACAGACGCUGAUGGAGGUGAGGGAGGCGAUGCAGAGGCUGGAGUUAAUCCCAGCGCUCUAGUCAAUGCCGACCUCUACCGACGAUUCUGGCGGCUCCAGGAGGUGCUGAAGGCACCUGCCCACUGCUACACUUCUGAGGGGUGGAAGGUCUUUGUGGAGUGCACUGAAUGUGUCGUCUCUACCUUUCAGAGCAUCCGACUCAUCGCUGGUUGCGGUAGUGAGGCUCCCUGGCAUCAAUUCACUAUGUACCUGACCAGUGAGAAGCUUAUAGAUUUGCAGCUCAUGGACCGCAACUUUCGUAGGUACAUACUGACCCAGUUGGUCAUUAUCUUCCAAUAUCUCACGGCACAAGUGAAGUUCAAGAAGUGA